AUGUUAUUAGAAUUCAAUUUAGAUUUUCCCUCAAGCAAUUACUCAGUUGCCUAUCACUCCAGCUAUUAUAAUUAAAAUACUAAUUAAUUAAUUGCUAUUUGGAAAGUAAGCAAGAAAGGUGAUAUUGGUUUAUGUGUUAUCUCUAGUGGCUAGGCAUAAAAAGAAAUUAACUUAGCAGGAAGUCCUUAAGUUAGAAACUGUGUUAUUGGAAGAGAUUGGAAUUGGGGUGAAGACUAUGAAUCGAUUUAAGAAUAAUAAAUACCUCAAAUUACAAAUGGUUUUACUAGAGUUAAUUGA